CUUAUUUAUUUUUCCUCGUGACAGGUAGCUUUGUGAAUGUUGCCAGCUGGUGCUCUGAGUACAAGAAGAACCCUAACAACAUGUCUACUCAAGCCUUCAGUGCAAUGGUUUACUGAAGCUUUAAACACUCCUGCCACUGUUUGUUGCAGAGAACAUAUUCCUUCUUUUUUUAGACAGAGCAAGACUAGAUUUCUGGAUUAUAAAGAAACACACACCACAUUUGAUUCACUCAGCCCUUUUCUUCAUGUAAGGAGAAAUUUCUAGCAUGUCCGUAAGGUUAACUGUGCUAACUCAGAUAGGGUGUGGAUAGCUACUAGGAGCUGUGGGGUCAGGUUUAUUCAUGGUGCGGUUAUCAGGAGUGCGGAGGACAGCACAUCUACAGACAGAGCAAAAUGGUUGCGUGUACUCAGUGUUGCAGAGAAAAAUGAUGCAGCAAAGAACUUGGCUGAAAUCAUGUCCCGGGGGGGAUAUAAUAGACGGGAGGGCUAUAGCAAAUUUAACAAGAUCUAUGAAUGGGACAUGAUGCUACGGGGAGGGCAGUGCCAUAUGGUCAUGACCUCUGUAUCAGGCCAUCUCCUCAACCAGUCAUUCACAGGGCACUACCGCAAGUGGACAAGUUGCAACCCACUGCACCUCUUUGAUGCUCCAGUUGUCAAGAUCUGUCCACAGGACAUGGAGCCCAUCAAGCGUACCUUGGAAAAGGAAGCAAGAGCUGCAACACGCCUGAUAAUCUGGACAGAUUGUGAUCGUGAAGGGGAGAACAUUGGGUUUGAAGUCAUUGAAGUAUGCAAAGCUGUGAAGCCUUCUCUCCACAUUUUCAGGGCUAAGUUCUCAGAGAUCACGUUUCAGUCAGUCCAGCGGGCAUUGCAGUCCCUCAUACCGCCUGACAGGAAGCAGAGUGAUGCCGUAGAUGUACGCAGUGAGCUUGAUUUGCGCAUUGGAGCAGCCUUUACACGAUUCCAAACACUCCGCCUGCAGAAGGUUUUCCCACAGGCUUUAGCUGAUACGCUCAUAAGUUACGGAUCUGCCCGUUCCCAACACUUGGUUUUGGGUAGAGCGUUACAAGGCCUUCAGGCAUUCAUACCGAGCAGUUUUGGAAGAUUUAAAGUCAGUCAUAAUGGAGAAGAGGGAGUGAUAGACUUCGCUUGGGGACGUGUCAGGCUGUUUGAUGAGCUGGCUUGCCAGGUGCUUUUUGAGAUGUGUCAGGAGAAUCCCCAAGCACGUGUGACAAAAAUUACAACCAAGCGCAAGAGCAAGUGGCGACCACUGCCUCUCGACACUGUGGAGCUUGAGAAGCUGGCAUCACGAAAACUUCGCAUAAAUGCUAAAGAGACCAUGAAAGUUGCUGAGAAACUCUAUACUCAAGGUUUCAUCAGUUACCCCCGCACAGAAACCAACAUUUUCCCUAAAGAACUAAAUCUUGUGCCUUUGGUUGAGAUGCAGUGCCAAGAUCAGCAGUGGGGCGGUUUUGCUGGUAGGGUGUUGGAGGAGGGGCCUAACCCACGCCAGGGCAGGAAGUCUGACCAGGCCCAUCCCCCCAUCCACCCCACCAAGUAUGCAGGCAAUCUACAGGGCAAUGAAAAGAGGCUAUACGAGUUUAUUGUGCGCCAUUUCCUGGCCUGUCUGAGCAAGGAUGCCCAGGGCCAGGAGACCACUGUGGAGAUUGUCAUUGCUGGGGAAGAGUUUACUGCUAGUGGCCUGAUCAUCUUGGAGAGGAAUUACCUGGAGGUGUACCCGUAUGACCGGUGGAGUGACAAGGUGAUGCCACGCUAUGAGCAAGGCCAGGUGUUUGAGCCCACAGUCAUUGAGAUGGUCGAUGGGGAGACAUCGCCGCCACAGCUGCUUACAGAGGCUGAUCUAAUCGCUCUUAUGGAGAAACACGGCAUUGGCACUGAUGCGACACAUGCGGAGCAUAUAGAAACAAUCAAGUCACGCAUGUAUGUGGGGCUGCAGGACCUACGCUUUGUGCCAGGACAGCUUGGGAUGGGCCUUGUUGAAGGCUAUGACUCUAUGGGCUUCCAAAUGUCCAAGCCCAACUUGCGGUCUGAGCUGGAGGCUGAUCUCAAGAGGAUCUGUGAUGGUGUGAAGGACCCCAAUGUUGUCCUGCAGGAGCAAAUUCGCAAAUAUCGGCAGGUGUUUGAAGAGGCCAUGAGGCAGGCAGAGAAGAUUGACACAGCACUUGGCCACUUUCUGAAUGAGGAGCCACAGAGGAACCUACCUGACACACCGAUUCCUGAUGUCCCUCAGUUUGAACCGGUGUGCAAGUGUUCUUCGUGCGGGUGUGACGUGGUACUGAAGGAGAAACGUGAGGGUCGCGGCUUCUUCCUCUCAUGCCAAGGCUUCCCCGACUGCCGUGUCUGCGUUUGGCUGCCAGACACCAUCCUUUCUGUGGCUGUUGUGGAGGAAACAUGUAAUCAGUGUGCGGGCUCACCCAGAAAGCUCCGAUUCAAGUUCAAGCCUCGUUCCUACAUGCCAUAUAUCCCCGAUGAGUAUGUGGCAUGCGUGUGUGGCUGUGAUCAGGACUUCCUUGACACGCUGGACAUCCGAGCUGUCACUGCUGUAGGACCGCAGGCCUCGCAAGGAGGCGGAGGACGGCCAAGGGCAUCCGGUGCACGGACCUCCCCCAGCAGGAAUUCCUCUUGGGACAGUGGCUACUUGUCCUCGUCGUCCAGCUCCCACCCUGCCACGCUUCCCAACAGCAACCAGAGAAGGAUUGUAUUCGGGCAGCGUGGCAGCAGUAACGGCGCCAACACCAGCAGUAGCAACAACCACAACAACAGUUCAUUCCCGUCCCCCUCGUCCACCUUCAAUAGAAGCCCCGUAAGGCCUCAGCGUGGGAGAGGUAGGGGUAGCCGAGGGUCCCAUAAUGCCAGUUCUUCGUCCUGGGACUCGGGAUUCUCGUCCUUCGGUUCCUCUCAGUCUCAGCCGCGGCCGUCCUGGGGCGGCACUGCCAACGGCGAUGAGGACCGAGAGAAUGCCAUCGUCUGCAACUGCAACGAGGAUGCCAUCAUGCUCACUGUCAGAAAGGAGGGUCCCAACACAGGUCGACAGUUUUAUAAAUGUUCGAAACCCCAGGGACAAGGCUGCAAUUUCUUCCUCUGGGCUGAUGAUGGAGGAGGAGGAGGAGGAG